AUGAUCACCACUGGAGCAGUCACUUGUGCCUUAUGGCUUGGAUACGGUCUCCUACUUGAAGACGCCUUCAUUAUUGUUCCAAAUGCAACAAAUUUGCUUCUCAGCAUCGUACAACUCGGACUCUUUUGCAUUUACCCACGUGGUGUCGACUCUUCUACUCGUGACGACAAAUUGAAAUUGAAGAAGACUAGUGCAAAGUGUGACAAUGACACAGAGGACAGUACGACGAUACUCAAGACGGAAGACGAACUGAGUAGUUCGGAUGAAGAAUCGGAUUGCAACGACUCCAGUGCACAGCAGGUGACUAAGCGUGAGACAACGAUCGACGUGCUUUGA